CUGUACCGGAAGCUGAGGUGCGGAGCUGAUCUCUCCCGGUCCUGACUGAUUCGCGGGGCUUGUGUCAGGAGGUUCUGGUUUUAUAUAAGGCUGAGUCGCCCUAUAAGUGAAACUCUGGGACCUUCUAGCAGUUAGGCUGGGGCUACACAUGCUGGGUGACACAAACCAUGUGUGACUUGUCUGCAGUUGGCUGGCCUUUAUCUUACUGCUGUGAAGACAUAACCAAGUCGCAGGAGAUCCUCAGUCAAAACUGUCCUAGGUCCAUGUGGGAUUGUGUCCAGCAGUGGGUAAAAUUAGGACAGGAUGCUUCCCCAGGGUAGAAUUCUGCUUGCUCGAGUUUCAGGCUAUUGGAAGCCUCUUUUUAGAGGACGAUUUCUGUUAGUCACUAACACGGUUAGCUGUGGAGCAUUGCUGGCCGUUGGUGAUACUAUCCAGCAGACUCGAGAGCUGAGAAGAAAGCCGGAGAAACAGCGAGACUGGAUGCGGACAGGUCAUAUGUUUGCUAUAGGUUGCUCAAUGGGCCCUAUGAUGCAUUUCUGGUAUUCAUGGCUGGAUAGGGCUUUUCCAGGCCGAGCUAUCAAAAUGGUUUUGCGAAAGGUUCUAAUUGACCAACUGGUGGCCUCCCCCUGUUUUGGAUUGUGGUACUUUUUGGGUAUGGGCUUCAUGGAAGGACAGAGAUUGGAUGACAGCUGGGCUGAGUUUAAAGACAAAUUCUGGGAAUUCUAUAAGGCCGACUGGACCGUGUGGCCCGCUGCACAAAUGAUCAACUUUUAUUUCCUGUCGCCUAAGUAUCGUGUAAUUUACAUUAAUGUGAUUACAGUAGGCUGGGACACCUACCUCUCAUACCUCAAACACAGGGGUAAAGAGCCUCCAUCAGACAUGGAUGUCGAUGUUAGAAAUAUAUGUGCCUCGGACCAGCUCUCCAGUACUUCCUCACAUUUGCCAAAGACCAUAGAUGAAAAAGUAUGAAAGUGAAUCUCUAUUUUUUACUUACAUGGUAGCUAAUCACUGUCCCUUUCUUAAAGAAGACCUGUCACUACAAAACACAGUGUAAUCUGCCGGAAGCAUGUUAUAGAGCAGGAGGAGCUGAGCAGAUGUAUAGUUUUGUGGGAAAAGCUUCAGUAAUGCAUUUAAAUCUCUAUUUUUUAUUUCAUUGUUCACAGGGGAGGUGCCAUCAGUGAUUGAUAGUAUUCUCUGUGUAAGUAUGUAGAGUAUACUUACACAGAGAAUACACAUAUGUAUACAGAGAUAACGGUCAGUCACUGAGAACACCUCCCCCAUGAACAAUGAAGUCAGAAAUAUUGGAGAUUUAAAGGGCAUCUGUCAGCAGAUUUGUAACCAUGAAACUGGCUGACCUGUUCCCUUUAGCUGCCAAUCGCACAUGUAUCUUUGUUGGUCCCGUGUUCCUAUGUGCCCG